AUGGAACAUCAUCAACGUUUAUCGUGUUCGUCCUCGUCUUAUUCACCGCGGCAAGACUGGCGUCAGCAUCCCAACUAUUUUCCUCCAUCACCUCCAACAACGACAGCAGCAGCAGCAGCAACAACAAAUCAUCAAUUUAAUAAUCAAUCAUGGAUGCGACCAUCAUCAUCAACAUUAACAAAAGUCACUCCGAAUAGUGACGAUAAUAACAGUUCGAACUAUUAUCAUUCUUGGUUGCAUACUCUUCCAACGCCGCCCUCGCCGGUACUGAAUUCAAUUAACCGUCAACGUUACACGCCACGAUUUGCAUCGAUCAAAUCUCAUUCGCCUAAUUACUAUCCAUUAAUGCAAGCCAAUCUACAAAAAGAUACGACAUUUACUAAGAUAUUUGUCGGAGGUUUACCUUAUCAUACGACUGAUGAAACAUUACGAGCAUUUUUUUCCAAAUUUGGUGAUAUCGAAGAAGCAGUUGUUAUCAACGAUCGCAGUACGGGGAAAUCACGUGGAUAUGGAUUUGUAACAAUGGUACGAAAAGAAGAUGCCGAAGAAGCUGUGAAAGAUCCUAAUCCGACAAUUGAUGGUCGUCGUGCUAAUGUUAAUUUAGCUUAUAUGGGUGCUAAGAAUCGUACUGCAGCAUUAUCACUUGGUUACAGUGUACUGGCUCGUAUGCCAGCAUAUCAAUCAACAGCUACUGCUUACCCGUCAAACUUGAUCUACUAUCCAUUACCACAACAAUCGACUAUGCAACAGCCGAUUUAUUUAGCUCCAACGACGGGUGCAACAGGUGGGACAUGGCCAUCAAGUAUAUUUUCGCAAUUUAAUCUCGCGAACUUAUCAACAACGUCCAGUGCGAAUCUUGCAGCCGUAUUAAAUCCGGGUACAUCACCUCUACAAACAGUGUGUGAUGCAUCAACUGCCCUAUUCGAUCAAGCUGGUAUCGCAUCGCCUUCACCAAAUAUCGCUGGAAAUACUCAAACAAGCGGACAACAAUUGUAUUGGCCAGGUCAUAUUUGA